CACGGUGACGAUUAGCGGAAAGAUAAUGCAUAUCAACAUCGGUCGCGAUCCGAACCCGUCAACGGUUUAGUUUCAAUUGAUCGUCACUUCCGUUCCUAUCGUACGGCGCGUUACAAGGGAAAUCGUCGCCAAGUCGUGUGGACUUUCUACCAUCGACCAGUUUUUGGGUUUUUUCAUUUUUAUUUCAAUUUACUCGUAUGACGUAUCGGAGACCACGAAGAUUUCUUCCUCCAGCGAGCAGCGUUAACGACAGUCACGUCCUUCGUGAAAACUCGUCCCACGUCACGAAGCAGUGACGUAGAAUUACAAAACCAACGAUACACGAUACGACGUACUAACAAAAGAAUCCACGGGACGUUACGGAUGUGCCGUUUAUCGAAUCGGUUAUAGAACCCUGCGGUUUUCGUUAAGAAUCUCGUUUGGUAUGUCAAGGAUCACCGAGGAGAUUUAAAUAAAAGUCGUGUCGCGUACAAGUUUUAGCUGCAGCUGUGGCCUUCGGAAGAUGCGUGGUUUAACCGGCUGCAGUGCCCGCGACAGUGUCGUAGAAUCGCGAUGAGGUCGUUAAUGCGUAAUUUAUAAACGAGUUUUUGAUAAUCAACGGAUCGUUAUAUCGUGGUGCAAGUUACUGUUGGUAAUCGUGCAACUUUGUAAAAGCUUGUAGAGACAUUUCCAUCGAGCACCGACGAAGGAAACUCGUUUAAGAAGACGCCAUGUUGUAAUUAGUGGUGAUCAAACGCUGGCAGUGACCGCGGAUAAGGGAAACGAUGAUUUGUACGAGUGCGUGGGCAUGGUGACAUUGGUGCAGCAGCAUCAGCAAACAGUACCGGACGGGAACCGAUACCAGAAGGACCAGGAACAAGCCAAUUGUCACAUUGCCAUCGAGAGUCACGAGACUGUGAGCAAUUGUGGCGAAAUUGUACACACCCCCACGGACACCGCGGUCGUCGUCGCUGGAAAUGACAACUUUGUUGGUUCCUCUACGCAGUGCAGUGACGUAGAGGACGAGGACGAAGAUGAUGAGACCGAUAUCGAGGAUGGAGAAUGGAUAAUCGAUUUACCUGUGCCGACGGUGUUCCAGCAACACCAAGUGGCCACCACGAAUGGGAAUGUGGCGCUACCUCACGCCGACGCCUCGAACUUCGGCGAUGUCUGCGUAAAGAAUUCAGCUAAUGUGCAUCUUGGUAACAAGAUAUUUUACAAAGAUCCGGUGACAAUAAAGCAGUUCAUUUACACGAAUCCAAUUGCGAUAAAGGACUGCGACACGGUUACGGGCAACACCAGUCGUGUCUCGAAUACCAACGCAUCUGAUUUAUCAACCGCUAACGGAGAUCUGUCUGCCAAUGCCAACAGACCAAUCUUGUCUCAAAAUCCUGCCGUCGAUAAAGUAACGGACUGGUUAUGGACUCGUAGAUGCGCGGUGAUUUUUUGUGUACUAGUUUUAAUUGCGACUGCUGUGAUCUUUGCUUGCGUCUACAUCGCGAACAAUGUUGCUAUUCCAUCGGCACCUGUUUUCCCGGAAAUACCAGUUGCAGAUGUUGACGCGAAAAAUGUACGUUUUGUCGAACGUAACGAAUGGGGUGCUCAACCGCCUUCAGGGCCUUUGACAAAACUAAAACUUCCGGUACCGUAUGUGAUUAUAAGUCACACAGUUACCGAGUUCUGUUCGACUCAAUCGGAAUGUACAUUCCACGUUCGGUUUGCCCAAACGUUUCAUAUUGAGUCUCGAAAAUGGGCGGAUAUCGGUUAUAAUUUUCUCGUUGGCGGCGAUGGGCUUGUAUAUGUUGGCCGGAGUUGGGAUUACAUAGGUGCCCAUUCCUUUGGAUAUAAUAACAUAAGUAUAGGUAUUUCUUUUAUCGGUACAUUUAAUAACGUUAUACCACCGAAAAAUCAAUUAUAUGCCGCGCAACGGAUCAUCGAAUUGGGCGUAGAAAAGGGUAAAAUCGCGCCGGAUUACAAGCUAUUAGGGCACCGACAAGUCUCUCCGACAUUAAGCCCGGGUGACGCUUUGUACAGUGUCAUAAAAACUUGGCCUCAUUGGUCGCCACAGUCAUAAUAAAUUUUAAUUCAUAUUUUGUGAUACAUUGACAUAGUGUGCUUCACAUUUAUUUAAUCGUUCAUAUCGUCCAAAGUUUUAUGCAAUUAUACGUUGACGCGAUUAUUUAAAUAAUAAGCUGAUAACCAUUCGAAAUAUAACACUGAGUCUAAUUUAAUAAUAAACAAAUCUAUAUCACUAUAACGUCUUUAAUACAGGUUAAAAGUAGAAUAAAAAGAACUUGACAUGAUUAAAACGUAAACAGAAUACGAAGAUCUCUUUUCUAGAUUAGUUGAAAUUGUUGUAGUUUGGUUUAUUGUAAAGGAAUUUAUUUUAACACAUAUUCAACUGUACACGAAGAGUCGCUGUUGUGUUUAUAAUACGGCUGACGAGACGAAAGUGAGUGAAGGAGCGUACAGAGCCGGAAAUCGGGAAACAAGAACAAUACAGAGAUCACGUGACACAUUACAUAGCGUUUACAUACUAUACUAAGAGAUGUCACGAUUAUUAUGAUUUACAACAGAAAUUAGUCGGAACAUAUCGCAUAAGAAUUUCAUAUUCUCGACUACAAAUGUGAUGUAUAAAUACUUUAAUAAAAUACUGUUGACUACUGUACGUUAUACGACGUAAAAUACAACAAUUUUAUAAGUCGUUCAACGUACGUUAGAAGAAUGUAUAUAAUA